AAAUACCAUUUAUGUUUCAGCCGAACGCGCCCUUGAUACCAUGAAUUUCGACAUGAUAAAAGGGCGGCCUAUCCGAAUCAUGUGGUCUCAGCGCGAUCCGUCUCUACGCAAAUCUGGCGUUGGAAAUGUGUUUAUUAAAAAUUUAGAUAAAAAUAUUGACAAUAAAGCGAUGUACGAUACGUUUUCCGCGUUCGGAAAUAUAUUGAGCUGCAAAGUUGCGCAAGAUGAAUCGGGCGCAUCGAAAGGUUAUGGUUUCGUACACUUCGAAACGGAGGAAGCAGCUAAUAAAUCUAUUGAUAAAGUCAACGGAAUGUUGCUGAAUGGCAAGAAGGUGUACGUUGGCAAGUUUAUUCCGCGCAAGGAACGUGAGAAGGAGUUGGGCGAAAAGGCUAAGCUGUUCACAAACGUUUAUGUUAAAAAUUUCGGAGAGGAUAUGACGGAUGAUAAG